AUGACAUCAACAGUUUCAACAUUGGACGGGCUUCCGAAGCCAUUUGUGACUUCGAUGAGAACUCUUUUCGAUAUAAUGGAUGACAAAAGGUCGGGUUACGUUAAUUUCGCAGAUAUCGAGAACAGAUGGCAAGAUGAUGGCUCAAAAGGACUCCCGAAAGGUGUGAUCGAUAGUUUGAGAAAAGUUACACCUCCGAAUAACCUUUUGUCUUUCGAACGGUUUUGCGCUGGUUUAAAGAUUUGCUUAUUACGGAACCAAGUGGAACAGCGGAAUACCCAAGCCGUUGGUAGUGUCGCAGCUGCAAAUAAUCAAAAACAGAAUAGACCUCCAAGUGCACCUCUCCUUGACUUGGAUUUACCACCAAAAGCUAAUUGGACAAAUACUGCUGCGAUUAGACCGAAUAACGUUAUUUCACAACAAAGGACUCUCUCAAUGCCGCAAUUGUUGGUAGAACAACGCAAAGAGAACGUCACGGAAUCCGUUGAUAUUCAUAGCUUUGACAAACCAGUUCCUAACAUAAACAAACCCACGCUUUACGGACCCCCUAAGCCUCCGCGCACCGCUCUCAACCAAGAUAGAAGCGCUAUUGAUAGAGCAGAAAUUCGCACGGCACUUCAAAAUUGGCAAAUUGGUCUUAUGUUGAAUGAUCAAGACAAUAAAGACAAACGAAACCAACAACAAAUAAUCAAAACUGGUAGAUCAUUAGGAGACGGAAAAGCUUCACAAAGUGAAGCACAAAAUUCAGGUGGACUUUACCAAAAGAAAGUAAAUGUACGUAGGAGGGAGCCCAGGCGGCAUACACUUCAGAACGGAAUAGAUUAUAAUAUGCUCAAACGAAUGAAACAAAUUGAACAAGAAAAGGAUGUUUUAGUGACUGGACUCAAUGCCGUUGAUAAAGCAAGAGAAUGGUACCUGAAACAAGUAGCUGCUGUACAAGAGAAAAUGAAAUAUCUUGGGAGAAUGGGUCAUAUGGAGCCUUGGUCAGAGUCACAACAAGAAAGGCUGGAGCUUCAAAGGGCGCGAGUUUUGGAAGUUAAUAGGCAUUUAGCUGCACUCACGGACAGCUGGGAACGUGGAGGACUUCCAAUGCACAUGAAUUUAGCUGUUAAUUAUUGCCCUCAACCACAAGAUCUUACAACGCGUCUUAAACAACAGAACCACCUUCUCACAGAGGAGGUGAGUAAGAAGAGUGAAAGGAUAUCAAUAUUGGAAAGGGAAAAGGCAAGUUUAAUAAGGGAACUGUUACAAACAAGAGUUCCAAAUAGAAAUAGUCAAGAAGAAGCUGUAUUCUGAGAGAUGAUAAGAAAAACAAACAUACAUUUAAAUAAUUAUAUAUUUAUAUUUAAAGUGAUUGAAAAGUGAAA